GCUGACGAGACGCUGAUGUCGGCAGGUGGAUGAUUGAUUCUGCUUGCGCUCUCACUGGAUCUCCUCAACCAAACAAGUAGCUAAAGGAAAUCAGUAUCAGGUCCACCUCUAGCUGACCAUGUCUGAACCGGGUUCUGGCUGUGGUAUUCCCGCCCAGAGAAACUCACAGCGGGGUCCAGAGAUGGUGUCAGUGAAGCUGGAGGACUGUAAUCAAACAGUGGAACUCAAUGUGAUUGUCAAAGAGGAGGAGGAGGGAGAGAGCGAAGACGGAAACAGUGACUCCGUUGACUCAGGAGAGACUUCCAACCCAGGCUCAGACAGCAAGCCCAGUCCCACAGCAUCAAGAAACCGCAGACAGAAGCACCAACCCUGCUGUAGCGACAGUUGUAUUUAUCCAACUCGCCACAAAUCACACCAACAAACUCCCAAAAUAAAUAAGUCUUACCUUUGCCAUCAAUGUGGGAAGAGUUUUCAGACACCAAGCAAGCUAAAGGCUCACCAGAGAAUGCACAUUGGAGAGAAUCCUUACCCCUGCUCCCAGUGUGAGAAGAGCUUCAAUCAUUCAGGAAGACUUAAGGACCAUCAAAGAGUACAUACUGGGGAGAAGCCAUACCACUGCUCUCUUUGUGGGAAGAGUUUCAGUCAGUUAGGAAACCUGAAGACUCAUCAGAAAAAUCACAAGCCUUACCACUGCUCCCAAUGUGGGAAGAGUUUCAGUGAGAAAGUAAAACUUACGGGACAUGAGAGAGUGCAUAAUGGAGAGAAACCUUACCACUGUACCCAAUGUGGGAAAAGCUUCAAUUAUUAUUCAGUACUUAAGGAACAUCAAAGAGUACAUACAGGGGAGAAGCCGUACCAUUGCACACUUUGUGGGAAGAGUUUCAGUUGGGCAACAAACAUUAGGAAUCAUCAGUUAAGACACAUUGGAGAGAAACCUACAUGUACUCUCAAUGUGAUUGUCAAAGAGGAGGAGGGCGAACAGAGACGCAUUAAGGCAGAAGAGAGAGAAGUUGAGGUAGAGGAGAGAGAGGUGAAGGAAGAGGCUACAUAAGCUAACUCCAUAGGAAUGUAAAGGCACACCUCCUAUCCAUUGCAAUGCUGUCUUCUGUGACAGCCCUCAAUGGUGCUGCCCAUGCCCUAUCUCUUAAAGAAAUCCAUAUCUAUUCUACUUGUAUAAGUGUAUUGGAAGGUAGAAAAUAAACUCAAAAAGGUACAUACCACCACCUACUUUGUUAGUGUACAAAGCCAAGAUUGGUGAUUUACUGCCAGCUACAGUUAUGGAACAUUAGCUCCAUAUAAUUCAUUGGUUGAUCCCUCCUGCUGACCUGGAUGGAAUUCUGUGAUCCUUCAUAAACGCAUAAGGGGACCACGUUAGAAACAAGUGAUUUUCGCUUUAACGUGUUAUCCACUGGGUUGUACUCUGUGCUUGUUUUUUUCUCAGUAAAUCAAUCAAUCAAUGGUAAGUCCCAUCCAGUUGACUACUUUAAAAUGUUGAAAACCCUCAAUGGCGCUGCCUGUAAGCCUUCUAUCCACCUCUAUGGUGGAGAACAAAGUGCUGCUGGAUAUGUAUGACACAGUCCCCUUUAAAAACAUAUUUGUGUUUUCCACCCCGGUUUACCUGAGACGGGUAGUAAAGUUUUUAUUUUUUUCUCUACUUGCCCUGGUGUAUUCCAUAUACAUUGCACGAGGGACAAUGGAGGGGGAGGAACAUGAAGUGCUGCUGGAUUUAUACGACACAGUCCCUCUCAAAAACGAAACAUAUUUGGUUAGUAGAGACCUUAAUGAAUCAUUUCCGACCCACUUUAACUGAGACAGGUCCUACAGACAGGUCCUACAGCCCAAUAUUUUCAACAUUGUAUUUUUCAAUAUUGGCCCUAAACAGUUGUCUUUGAAGCAAUAUUUUUUUUCUCUCCAUAAAUAACUUAUUGCAUUAUCUUGUUAGCACAAUAAAGGUGGCCAUUGAUUAAAAUUGAAUAUCUUUUGAAUCAUUUAUUGAUAUUGUAAUUAGUUGAAAUGCAGUGGUUUUUUAUUUUAUUUAUAGAAUUUUUUUUUGUGAAGGUGUUAAGAAUGUGUAUUUAAUUGACCUGCCUGAUAAAAUAAAGGUAAAUAAACUUGUUAUACGAGA